AUGCUUUUAAUUCGAAACCUUUCAACAUAUUUAAGGGUUACCGGAUUAAAUUAUGAUUUGCAAGUUGCAAAAAGUUUAUAUCGGCUGACCUCGAGAAGAAGUUAUUCAAACGAAGCAGACGCUUCUGCUGAAAUGCAAGUGAAUGAUACUCAAAAAAGCUCCUCUCAAGACAGUGUAAUUGAGCCUGGUAUUAAUGGGAAUUCCUCAAAAUUAAAUACGAAUAUAGAAGGAAGAAGUUCAUUUGCAAAUAGACUUAAGGCCAAACGUGCAAUUAGUAUGAAUCAAACCCAAACCGGACAACAAAGACAAGUACCUUUACCUUCUUCCAUGUUAAGAAAUUGGGAAAAACUUGAUGAAAGGUUACCUUUAAAUCCUAUUCAUAUUAGGAAUUUAGAUCCUUUUGUAAAAGGUUCAUCUCAAAAUGUUCUUAUUUCUAAACUCCCAAUUUCUGCGAUCCGUCGAGAUAUUGAAAUGUUGGUUCAUGGCAUUUUCCCUGAUGAAAAACUCCCAAUUGAGAUUUUUAAUUCAUAUAAUGAGCAUUAUAAACCAACCGGGUCGGCAUGGAUACAUUUUAGAGACUCCAAGACAGCUUUAAUAUUUACUAAAUGCACCAAUCAAAAUAUCUUUUAUGGGAAUAGACUGGAAGUCAAAUUAAAGAGAGAGAUCCCUGACCGAGUUCGAUUUGAUCCAUUAAAUAUUCAUAUUGGCAGAUGUGUUAUUUUAACAGGUUUGCCAAGGGAUAUGGACGAAGAAUUUCUAUCUCAAUAUAUCAAACAAACUUGUGACGAUAAACGUUUUAGGGUCAUCAAUAUCUCUCCAAAUUUGACACAUUUACAUGAUACCUCAAGGUGGUUGGUACUUCUUCAGAAUACUAUCGAUUCUUAUCACGUAUUUAGUAGAUUACACAAUAAACCUUUUAAUAAAGAUCAUCAAAUGAAGGCGAGAAUAAUAAAAUGA